AUGGAUCGGUCAAAUCUUUAUAAUAUAAUUCAUUUAAGUUUAUCGUUUUUUCUUAUUUUUAUGUCUUAUAAUGUUACACAAACAUUUCAAACAUCAUCAGAUUAUGCUAAAGAUGGUGCAUUUGCAAUAGGCAUUAUUUAUCUAGUAUUUUGUUUAGGAAAUUUAGCUCUAUCAUCAUAUAUAACUCAAUUAUUAGGUGUACGGUUAACAUUAAUUCUUUCGAGUCUAACAUACGUAUUAUUUAUUGCUUGUAAUAUAAAAUAUAAUAAAUGGACAUUAUACAUAUGUGCAUUCUUACUUGGUUUUGGUGCAGCUUUAUUAUGGACAGCUCAAGGUGUCUAUGUUACGAUAUCAACAAAUAAACAUGAACAAAUAAAUAAUUUAAUACCAUCAUCAACAAGAGGUUUUAUGAAUGGUAUAUUUUUUGGUCUGUUUCAAUUACAUCAAAUUAUUGGAAACUUGCUUGUUUCAUUUUUAUUUCAUUUAAAUUUUGAUCAAUGGAUUAUUUUUACAAUAAUGACAAGUAUUGCUGGAUUAGGAAUGUUGAGUUUAAUUUUUCUUCGAAAUAUAAAAUUACCAAAAAUUAAAAAAGAACAAUCGAUUCUAUCCAGUUUAUCAAUACUUCUUGAUAUUCGUUUUAUUUUACUUAUUCCCGCUAUGUGUUAUAAUGGUCUAUCUCAAGGAUUUAUUUUUGCUACUAUACCUCCAUUAAUUGUUGAUAAAAGUCGAAAAUAUUUAAUGUUUGCUUUAUUUGGUACAAUUACUGCUUUUAAUUUUAUCGUUGUUGGAAAACUAAGUGAUUUAAUUGGUCGUCGUCUUUUUAUUUUUAUUAUUGGUGCACUUGCUCAUAUGAUCAUUUUUGGACUUUUAUUAACAAUAUGGAAAGCAUCAUUGUAUGAAAGUCGUACUGAAAUAUUUGUUAUGUUACUUACUGGUUUAAGUAUAGGUGAUACAAUAUUUUCGACACUAUUAUAUUCUAUCAUAGCUAGUAUUUAUGGCGAAACACGACCAGCAGAUGCUUUUGCAUGUUUAAGGCUAUUUCAAUCAGGUUCUACAGCUAUAGCAUUUGUUGAACAAGUUUAUAUUCGAUUUUCUACGCAAGUCUUAUGUCGAAUUAUUGUUUUAUCAUUGACUGUUAUUAUACUUAUUUAUGAACAUUAUUGUGUUAUAUCAUUUGAUGUCGGCAAAACAAAUAUGUCAAUAGAAAAGAAACGUAAAAAAGAAACUGAAGCUGACAUGGAAGCACAAAUAGCUUUAACGGCAUUAACGAAUAAAGCAUGA